AUGAGUACUUCUACACCAAUGCAGUGUUCCUCACCCGCAGAACUCUUACAGCAACUUCACGCACAGUCCCAGAUCCUCGUCUGCCUACAAUGGCUGUGCGACUUUCAGGUACUGGCCUGCAUACCCUUGAAGCAAAUGCUUGCUUUCCACGAUGUUGCCGAUCUCGUCAACGUCCCCGAGGACCAUCUCACGAGAGUAGUGAGAAUGGUAGCCACCGUCCCAUUUCUAUCUGAGCCAAUACCUGGCUUCGUUGCACACAAUCAGCUCUCUGCGGAUUUUGUGGCUAGGCUAUCAUCCAGCGACGCUCUUUCAUUCAUUUGUGAUGUCUCACUUCCUUCUGCUCUACACAUGAGCCGAGCCACGAGAUUCUAUGGUGCUUCUGAACAGCCACUCGAGAGCUCGUUUAGCCUGCAAUCUGGAUCCACAAAAACAAUUCUGUCCGCUUGCGAGCAGGAUUCCAAAUUCCGGCGACAACUAUCUGCUCUUGAUGAAACUUUGGCGGCCUCCUCGGCGGGGCAGUUCAAAGAGCUGCUACUUGGCCUGGAUUGGGCGAGUAUGAAAGGGAACAAUUUGGUAGUACUCAUUGGAGCCCGAUCAACAGAACUACUGGACGUCGCAAACACAUUAACGGAGCGAUUUUCAUCUCUAAGUACGGUCAUCCAAAGCUGGGAACACAUUCCCCAUGGUGAAAUCCUCGAACUCAAGACCUCUUUAUCUUCAGUACUAGGGGGUACGCCGACGACCCCUGGCAUGGCUGGAGAUCGACUGAGAGUCCAGACCCGGUACCUUGGCUCACAACAGAAUAUCUACAAUGCCGCAGUCUAUAUAUUGAAAGUCCCAGUCCCAUCCGUGUUUGUUCAACACAAAGUGGUCCUCUCGCAGGUGGUGGCUGAACUACGAGCACAUCGUAGCAUCUUGAAAGCUAACCCUGCCGCUACCCUCAUACUAGUUGCUUGGAUGGUCCCGACCGUUGUGGGUGUUUUAGAUCCGAAAACCGAAGCCGCACUGCGCUGUCGCGACUUGGUUCUACAUCAACUGGCCAACCAAAGAAAUCUUGAGUUCCAAGAUCUGGCCGCUGCCAUUAGUGGCAUUGAAGACGGCGUUGGUCGUCUGGUCUUUCAGACAAAGUCGACAAAUCAGUCGAACUCGAUGAUUGCGCUAGAGAUCAAGUACCAGAAGGAUUGA